AUGCACAUCAUCUUACAGAGAUUUGAGAAGACUGCUAAACGCCUUGUACGUUACGCUAACCAUUCCAAAAGCAGAUUCGACCCUACGGAGAAAAUGAAUGCAUCUAAUGGAAGCAGGGAAGAGUACAUCCUCGAUAUACAGCCAGUCGGAUUUCAACUCAUAGGCAUCUUCAUUUCUAUCUGUUGUGUAUUGGGUGUAGCUGGUAACCUUCUCAUUAUCAUCGUUUUCGCGAAAAAAAGGUCCGUCAGACGUCCAAUCAACUUCUUUGUAUUAAAUCUGGCAGUGAGUGACCUCAUUGUUUCCCUGCUUGGUUAUCCCAUGACCGCCGUUUCAGCGUUCUCCAACAGGUGGAUAUUCAAAACAAUAGGCUGCAAGAUAUAUGCAUUUAUUUGUUUCAACUCGGCCGUGAGCAGCAUCAUGACCCACGCAGCGCUCGCCUUGUGCCGGUAUAUCAUUAUCUGCCAGUAUGGUUACCGUAAAAAAAUAACGGAAAUGACAGUAUUACAGAUGCUUUUCUCAAUCUGGCUGUUUGCCUUGUUUUGGACUUUGUCUCCACUCUUGGGCUGGUCAUCCUACGUCGUGGAAGUUGUACCCGUGUCCUGUAGUGUCAACUGGUAUGGUCGAGAUAUUAGUGACUUCACUUACAAUGUAGCCUUGAUCCUGGCAGUAUACCUGUUUCCCCUGAGCGUUAUUGUAUUUUCCUAUGGAAUGAUACUGAGGGCGAAGUUAUGUAGCGAUUCCAGAAAAAACGGAAGUCGCACUCGUCAAGGAUACACACCCCGUUACAUACAAGACCUUGAAGGACGCGUGACGUUUAUCAGCUUCCUGAUGAUGACGGCAUUCAUGGUUGCUUGGACUCCAUACGCAGUCAUGUCAACAAUGGUUAUUUCUAGUUUCAACUUUGAUAGCUCCGUUGCGGCACUACCUACCUUACUCGCCAAAGCCUCCUGUGCUUAUAAUCCGUUCAUUUACGCUUUCACCAACUCAGUCUUUCGAGAUACCGUGGUAGAGAUCAUGGCACCAUGGACAACACGCAGAGUGGGCGUGUCGACGUUACCAUGGCCUCGUGUGACGUAUUAUCCACGUCGUGCAGAUACUGUUGACAUCGAAUAUCCAGACGAGAAUUUAUUCCUAGCUAAUUCCUGUGUUACGGAAUAUACACAAGAACGUUUUAGGAGGAAACGAAUUAGUCUUAGAAACUCGAUUCGAGGCGCGAGAAUUGAACCUCGUGAUCCUACGAUUCUUUCACCAAGGACAGUUAGCAUCGAUUUCUCUGUUAUAUAA